CCGCCACCUUUAUGGUUCAUUAUACGCCAUUUACUAAUAGGACAUAUCGUAUUAUAAUUAUUUUAGGAACGUCGCAUUAUUAUUACGAUUUACGAUAAUAAUAAUAUCUAAUACAGUAAUAAAUUUUAACUCGUGUAUUCCUCGUUUAACCAGCACACAGUUUUUUCGUUUUUUUUGUUCCCCCCUAGUUCGUUUUGCCCCUUAAUAAAUCGUGUUCGUCCGGUGACGUUUUAAUUAUAUAAUUGUUAAUUAUUAAUUGUUCGGCGGGUGCAAACAACGUACCAACACGUCCAAAGAAAACCGUACGUAUUACAAAAGCUGACGACCGUUGCUACACAUUUUAUCAAUUGCCGCUGUCACGCAUACUACGGAUUUGUUAUGUCGUAACACUGUGGUGUUCAAAGAAGAUAUAUUUAAAGGAUCUCUGUGAAUGUUAUACUAAAGGAACACUGUUUUAAACCACCAAGCCGUCCACAAUGGAGGACGCCCACGCGAAAACCGUGGAUGAGGUACAAAACUUCUUCAACGUAGACCCAGAAAAAGGUUUAUCACUUGAUCAAAUAAAAAGGAAUCAAGCUAAAUAUGGACCUAAUGAAUUGCCCGCUGAAGAAGGCAAAUCAAUUUGGCAGCUUGUCCUCGAACAGUUCGAUGACCUUCUAGUUAAAAUUUUACUAUUAGCUGCUAUUAUAUCUUUUGUAUUAGCAUUAUUUGAAGAACACGAUGACAUUAAUGAAACUCUAACUGCCUUUGUGGAACCACUUGUUAUAUUACUUAUUCUCAUAGCAAAUGCUGUAGUUGGAGUGUGGCAGGAACGAAAUGCAGAAUCAGCCAUUGAGGCACUUAAAGAAUAUGAACCAGAAAUGGGUAAAGUCAUUCGUGGCGACAAAUCUGGUGUUCAAAAAGUCAGGGCAAAAGAAAUUGUACCUGGUGACAUAGUAGAAAUAUCAGUAGGAGAUAAAAUCCCUGCUGAUAUUAGGUUAAUCAAAAUCUAUUCAACCACAUUGAGAAUUGAUCAGUCUAUUUUGACUGGUGAAUCAGUCUCUGUGAUUAAACAUACAGAUGCCAUUCCAGACCCAAGGGCUGUGAACCAGGACAAAAAAAAUAUUUUAUUCAGUGGUACAAAUGUUGCUGCUGGUAAAGCUAGAGGUGUGGUUAUGGGUACUGGGUUAAAUACUGCCAUUGGUAAAAUCCGUACUGAAAUGAGUGAGACUGAAGAAAUCAAAACUCCUCUGCAACAAAAAUUAGAUGAAUUUGGUGAACAACUUAGUAAAGUAAUCUCAGUUAUCUGUGUUGCUGUCUGGGCCAUUAAUAUUGGUCACUUCAAUGACCCUGCCCAUGGUGGUUCUUGGCUGAAAGGUGCCAUUUACUACUUCAAAAUUGCUGUUGCUUUAGCUGUAGCUGCCAUUCCAGAAGGUUUACCAGCUGUCAUCACUACCUGUUUAGCUUUAGGUACUCGCCGUAUGGCUAAAAAGAAUGCAAUUGUUAGAUCGCUGCCUUCAGUUGAAACUCUUGGUUGUACUUCUGUCAUAUGUUCUGACAAAACUGGUACACUUACAACCAACCAGAUGUCUGUUAGCAGAAUGUUCAUUUUUGAACACAUCGAAGGAAAUGACAGUUCGUUCACUGAAUUUGAGAUCACAGGAUCGACUUAUGAACCAAUUGGUGAUGUAUUCCUUAAUGGCCAAAGAAUAAAAACCUCAGAUUAUGAAGCAUUAAACGAAUUGGGAACAAUUUGUGUGAUGUGUAAUGACUCAGCUAUUGAUUUUAAUGAAUUUAAACAAGCUUUUGAAAAGGUCGGUGAAGCAACUGAAACAGCCUUGAUAGUAUUAGCAGAAAAAAUGAACCCAAAUAAUGUUUCUAAAUCUGGCUUAGACCGCAGAACAACAGCUAUUGUUGUGAAACAAGAUAUUGAAACCAAAUGGAAAAAAGAAUUUACUCUUGAAUUUUCUAGAGAUCGUAAAUCUAUGUCUUCAUACUGUACUCCCAUCAAAACUACCAAAAUGGGUAAUAGCCCUAAAUUGUUUGUUAAGGGAGCUCCAGAAGGUGUUCUUGAAAGAUGUACACACGCCCGAGUUGGCUCUCAAAAAGUUCCUUUAACAUCUGCGCUUAAAAACCGUAUCCUAGAUUUGACUCGUAAAUAUGGUACUGGACGUGACACACUCCGUUGUUUAGCUCUUGCUACUGCUGAUUCACCAAUAAAACCAGAACAAAUGGAUCUUAAUGAUUCUACCAAGUUCCAUAGUUAUGAAGUAAAUUUGACAUUUGUGGGAGUAGUUGGUAUGUUGGAUCCUCCUCGUAAAGAAGUAUAUGAUUCAAUCCAGAGGUGCAGAGCAGCUGGUAUUAGAGUUAUUGUAAUCACUGGUGACAACAAGGCUACAGCUGAAGCUAUUUGCCGUAGGAUUGGUGUGUUCACUGAAGAAGAAGAUACAACUGGAAAAUCAUUCUCAGGGCGAGAAUUUGAUGAUCUAUCUCUGUCUGAACAAAAGUCUGCUGUAGCUAAAGCUCGGUUGUUCUCACGAGUAGAACCAUCCCACAAAUCAAAAAUUAUUGAAUAUUUACAAAGCAUGAAUGAAAUUUCUGCCAUGACUGGUGAUGGUGUAAAUGAUGCCCCAGCAUUGAAAAAAGCAGAAAUUGGUAUUGCUAUGGGUUCUGGAACUGCUGUAGCCAAAUCUGCUUCUGAAAUGGUGUUAGCUGAUGACAACUUUUCAUCCAUUGUGGCAGCUGUUGAAGAGGGCAGAGCUAUUUAUAACAACAUGAAACAAUUCAUUAGGUAUUUAAUUUCAUCCAAUAUUGGUGAAGUUGUUAGUAUUUUCCUGACUGCUGCACUUGGAUUACCCGAAGCUUUGAUUCCUGUACAACUUUUGUGGGUCAAUUUGGUCACUGAUGGCUUACCGGCUACUGCUCUAGGUUUCAAUCCACCUGAUCUUGACAUUAUGGAUAAACCCCCUCGUAAAAGUGAUGAAGGUUUGAUUUCUGGCUGGUUGUUCUUCCGUUAUAUGGCUAUUGGUGGAUAUGUUGGUGCAGCUACUGUUGGUGCUGCUGCUUGGUGGUUUAUGUACUGUGAAGAUGGUCCACAAAUAUCUUAUUAUCAACUGACUCACCAUUUAUCAUGCGUAAGCGGAGGAAGUGAGUUCAGAGGUCUUGACUGUGCAGUUUUCCAUGAUCCUCAUCCAAUGACAAUGGCUCUCUCUGUAUUGGUCACAAUUGAAAUGUUGAACGCAAUGAACAGUUUAUCUGAGAAUCAAUCUUUGAUUAGCAUGCCACCAUGGUCAAACUUGUGGCUUAUUGGUUCUAUGUUAUUAUCCUUCACUCUUCAUUUUGUUAUUCUACAUAUUGACUUCUUAUCGACCGUGUUCCAAGUGACUCCUCUCACAUUUGAUGAAUGGAUCACUGUAAUGAAGUUUUCUAUACCUGUAGUACUUCUGGAUGAGACUUUGAAAUUUGUUGCCCGACGGUUCACUGACGGUACGCAAUCGAGUAUAAGCCGUUAUUAUGAAAUUGAUGGUCAGAUGGUAGAACGAGACAAUGGCUCGGCAAUGCCGUCGAAUUCGUACAAAUUACAUGAUGAUUAA